AUGGAGGACGAACCUGUCAUUGCCUUGGCGAACGACCCGUACCUCCAGUACCAGCCGGCGUUUGCGUACACUCUCCCCAUUCAGCUCCUCGUGAGCGGUAUCACCCUCACGUUGCUUGUCGUGCUCCUCAUUCAUCUCCUCUUCACGACACAAUACCACUACCCCCUAGCCCCCCUCAAUUAUUGUCUCCAACUCUCAUCUAUCAUCACCGUCCUCCUCGGCGUCGGUGUACGCAUUGGGGUCAUCCUUCGCCACUCGUCUACGAACGCAGACCAGUGGCCGUAUGAUCUCGACUAUGUCGCUGUACCUGUUCCGUCCCCGGCGUGGAACGUCGGCGAGGACGCGGCGUGGUACCUCCUGCAAGCUAUCAGUAAUGGCCUUGCCAACCUUACCCAUAUACAAUUCCUUACUCUCCUCUAUCCGUCGCGUACCGAGGCGCGUCUCAUCUACUUCAUCUUGGGCCCUCUCGCCAUAGCGUCCUCGGCGCUCUUCUUCUGCGCGCUCUCGUCGUCCCAGGUCGUCAUCGACCUCGGGGACGCUAUCCGCAACGUCUUUUCCUCGUGUCUCUUGCUCAUCUUCACCAUCUCGCUGUGUAUAUGGGGCUUCCUCGUGAACCGGCGCCGCGCCUGGCGCCUGGACGGCGGCACAGGUGUGUUUGGCAUGGGCGCCCUCGGUCUGGCGUUUGUGACUACCGCCGUCUCCUUUGUGGCUGUCAAGGAAGAAGGCAUCGAUUGGCUCCAGCACCUCAUCUGGGCGGCUGUCCUAUGGCAGACCUGGCUCGGAUGGUGGUGGUGGGUCGGCGCGGGCAUGGGAAUCGGUGAAGUCGAGGACCUCAUGGAACGCGCCAUUCGCAAGGGGCGGAGGGCGGCACGACACGCACACCGCCAAGACGUCAUUGGCGGCGCUGGGACGGCGAACACUGCCGCUGGCCGGCGCGCUCAGACCAUGGCAGGAAUGGUCAAGACGGCAUCCAACUCGGCCGUCGUGGGUAUCACGACUGGAUUCGCUUCCAUCCUCCCUUCCCACUCUGGAUCUGGCGGGUCGGGUGGCGACAACCUGCACCGCCGCGCGACCGCGCGUGUUGUCUCUCCGAGGGACAGGGACGAACGUGGUAUGGACGUCGAAGAAGGCAUUCGCGAAGAUAUCGAGCUGGGAUCGCUCCGUCUGCGCGAGCCCCAUGGUCCGCGGACGGUGGCGACAGAGGAAGGCUCGGCCGGCCGGCAGCAACCACCCUCGUCCAACUCGGAAACGUCGAGUACUUCCCGCACACCGUCCUUGCACCCUCCCCGCACCGCCGGAGAACUCAUCAUCUUCCCGGCCAUUUGGCUGCAGGUCUAUUUCCGCCGCCUGCGUCGCGCGCACGAGGAUGCAGCACACAAGUCGGCUGUCGAGCAGGCCGAACGGCGCAAGCGCGUGCCCAACAUGGCUGGCACGGUCAUCCCCGAGGAAGGCUGGGGACUGGGUGCAUACGGCGUGCGCGAGCAUGCCGAGAGUGCCCGCCGCGUCGCAGAGGCCGAUCGACAGAUCCGCGCAAACCACCUGUUGGGUAAUGCCGCGGACCCAGGAACCGGCGACGAGGCGGACGUCGACGGCGACGGCGACGGCGAUGGCGAUGGCGAUCCCCUCAGCGACCCAAUGACCGACGUGCUCGAGGACGACGACGACGACAAGGACCGCGUGGCCGACGGCCGCGAGGGUACCUCUGGAACGACGGUGGUCGAGGAACGCGAAGUGCAUCGUCAUGAUUCCUCGCCACGGCCCCGGUCUGCGCGUGCCAGGUCGAUACAGCUGUCGAGGCGCACAACACCGGCGCAGUCUGUCCGGGGAUCUGUCGACCGUGUACGCGAAGGCGACGAAUCCCGCACACGGCGAAGGAGAGACGGGGAAGGAGGAGCGGGAGAGAACGAGUCUGAAUGGGUCGACAUUGAGGAGAACGAGGAUGCUGCGGGCCCUAGUGGUCGAGGAGGUGGAGCUGCUGCAGCCGACCCGGCCCGUCGUGGACAGGGCACGGGUUGGAGCUGGUGGGGACCGCUCAAGGACAUGCGUCUCCAGGACCGCAGUAGGUUCUAG